AUAUAUCUUCAUCUUACUCUGUAAAGUAAAACCCAUUUUAGUUAACGGGAUUAUUUCUAUGGCGCCACCACCUCCAUCACCACCGUCCAUUCUAUUGAGGACGGUCCAGCUCCUCUUGAGGGUUUUGACGGCGGCUUUCCUCGUCAUUACGGUGGUCCUCGUCAGCACCAACAGCGUCACUCUCGAAAUUCGAGGAACGUCUAUAAAAAUGCAUUUUCAAGAUGUUUAUGCUUAUAGGUAUAUGCUUUCGGCUGCCGUCAUUGGACUACUUUACGCCGUUGUACAACUGUUCUUGACGAUAUCCCAAUUCGCCACAGGAAUUAAACAUCCUCUUAAUUAUCCGUUCGAUUUUUACGGUGAUAAGAUAAUAUCAUAUUUACUUGCAACGGGUUCGGCUGCUGGAUUUGGAGUGAGCAAAGAUUUGAAAGACACAUUCUUAGCAUUAAUAGCAUUUGAUUCGACAGAUCCGGUGGAUAAGUUCUUCAGUAAAGGAUAUGCAUCAGCAAGUCUUCUUCUCUUUGCUUUCGUCUCUCUUGCCGUUUUAUCAGUGUUCUCAUCACAUGCUCUUUCCAAACGACCAAUUCAAGCCUCAUAAACAUGGCUCAUAUCAUUUUAAAUACUUGAUUCAGUCUACUACAUGUCUCUUCUACCAA